AUGGCAACUCCUGUGUAUUCAUCUAAAGAGCCACCACAGUAUACUCAACAUGACAAUGGAACAGACAUACAACAACAGAAUUUUGAACACGAACAACUACCUGCAUACACUCAUGGACCUAAUGCGCCAAGAUCUUCCACCACUCCCAUUUCCACUUCUGCGUCUUCGAUAUCAGAUCAAGAAUCAGACAUAGUUCUGAAUUUCCCUGAAAACAGACCAAAGCAAAAUGAAUGCAAAGUAUGUUGUCAAGAUUUAUUUUGUGGUGGAUGUUUUGGAUGUUGUACUGGCCCUGCGAAUAUGCCAAAUAGUGAUCGCAAUCUAAUGGGUAGUAUUGUGGUCGUCCUAUGUUGUGGCGCUGGUAUUGAAGCCGGUGUGAGUUAG